AUGGCCCAGUCCCCUGGUCUGAGCACCCUCGACCACUGGAUCUUACCCCAGGGCUGGGGCUGGGCCGGACACUCGGACUCCACGUCCCCGGGCUCGUCCUCGGACUCGUCGGGCUCGUGCCCCUGCGACGGCACCCGCGGCCCCUCGCAGGCCGCACCUCCGGUGCGCGGCGCUCCCGCGCCGCAGGCCGCCCAGACGGCGCCGGGACGCUCGCGGUCCGGACCGGCCGUCGGGCAGCGGCAGAGCGCCAGCGAGCGCGAGAAGCUGCGCAUGCGCACGCUCGCCCGCGCCCUGCACGAGCUGCGCCGCUUCCUGCCGCCGUCCGUGGCGCCCGCCGGCCAGAGCCUGACCAAGAUCGAGACGCUGCGCCUGGCCAUCCGCUACAUCGGCCACCUGUCGGCCGUGCUGGGCCUCAGCGAGGAGAGCCUGCAGCGCCGGCGCCAGCGACGCAGCGACGCGGCGCUCCCCCGGGGCUGCCCGCUGUGCCCCGACGGCGGCCCCGCGCAGGCGCCCGGGCCGGAUCUGGGCUCAUCCGCCCCCGUAGCCGGAUCCUGGGGGUCUCCGCCCCCCUACCCCGGAGCCCCAGCGGUGCCCGAACGCUUGAGAAGCAGGGUCCCCGACCUGGGUCCCUGGGUCUCACCCCCUUACUGCCCCGGGAUGCAGUCGCUUCCUCAAGUGUCCCAAGGAAGUGCUCCCGACGCUGCCCUUUGGACGCCGACCCCAGCGCGUUCCGGAACGCAGAUACCCCCAGAGCCUGCAGCCCAGGCCACGUCCUGGGCGCCGCCCCCUGCUGACCUGGAGCCUUCUGCAAUGUACCAGGGUAUCCCUGUGUCUCCGGAGCCCUGUCUGUUGCCGGAAACCCCACCCCUCAUGCCGGGCCCAGCUUGCCAGAGACUCCAGCCUCAGGCCCAGUGGGGAUGCUGGAGCCACAGCACAGAGGUGCCGCCCAGCUCCGAGGACCAGGGACCAGGCCCCACCUUCCAGUUCAGCGAUGGAAGCCCUCUCCAGAGCUCAGGCCUGCAGCUCAGCGGCUGCCCUGAACUUUGGCAAGAAGAUUUGGAGGGGGGCCACCUGAGCAUCUUCUACUAAGAGCCUUGCCUGUCCCCUUCUCAGUGAGGAAUCGGGCCUGUGUGCGGGUGCCCUCCUCAUUUGCAGUGUCAGUGGUUUUGGGCUUCCCCGUAGCCAAGGGUCCCUUUCCCAAGCGGUGUCUUUCAUGCAAGCAGUCGUUCGAAAUAGGUGGCUGGAGGCCGCCCCGGCUGGAGUUGGGGCUGGGGGGCCCUGCGCUCCUGGACCCCCUCCAGAACAGCCAGUGCCCUGAAGAGCCAAGUUGGCAGCUGGGACUGACGGGGGGAUGAAUUGAGGGAGUGGAGGGGGGAAGGACAGAAGUCUAUAUGCUUUGAUUUUUCUUCUUGAAAA